GCUGCCACUGACAGCUUUGCUUCCUGUUGAAGUGAGUCCAGCAUUGAAGCCGUUUGAAAGAUUUUCACUGACUUUUAACCAUCAAAAACACAAAUUGGCACCAAAUAGCGUCGUCGUAAUGUGUUAACAGAGCGGUUAGCAGCAAGUGAGUCGAGUUCACAGUUUUUUUUUGUGUUUACUCGUUCCGCGUCAAGUCAUGUUCGAGCCGGACACCGCAGCUAUCCUUCCCGGUGACGAGGACACGAAUUCUGGCGUGAAUGAGGAUGACGCUAAGGCCUCCUUCGGCCGCACAGAGGACUCACUGACCACCGGACGAGUGGGGCCACCAUUUACAUGUCCGCUGCCUGUGUCCGUGGAGCCUGUUAUGUUCCUGUCCGUGUUUGCUGUGGUUCUCCAGGCACCGCUGUCCACUCAGUAUCUGUGGGACAGAAUCAGCGAGGACCUCGGCUACAACGCCUCCAAGAGGCCGGCGUGUGGAAACAGCUCUGCUGAAACAGACCCUCUUCAGAAGGAAGUGGAAACCCUGACAGCACACUGGAACCUCUACAUCAGUCUUGCAGGCUUCUCUGUAGGCUUGCUGGUGGUCCCACUCCUGGGUUCGUGGAGCGACUUUGCAGGUCGCAGGCCAGUCCUCAUCAUCCCCAACUUGGGCCUGGCUGCUCAAGUGGUGGUGUACCUGGUGGUGAUGUACCUGAAGCUGCCUGUGGUGUACUUCCUGGUGGGAAGACUUCUCAGUGGACUGCUGGGUGAUUUCAAUGCCGUGCUGGCUGCUUGCUUUGCGUAUGUGGCAGAUACCAGCGAUAGAAGGACCCGCACUUUCAGAGUAGCAAUCUUGGAGGCUUGUAUCGGACUUUCAGGGAUGUUUGCCAGCAUUAUUGGAGGGCAUUGGAGGCGGACGCAAGGCUACAUCAACCCCUUCUGGUUGGCUUUGGCCACUAGCCUGGCAUCAGCUUUGUACGCCUUCCUGUUUGUCCCUGAAUCUGUUGUGAAAGACCCAAGCGUCAAGCUUCUAAGCCCUCGCCAUCACAAGGCCGUGUGGUACAUUUUCUCCACCGGAGGCAGUGAGGAUGGCGGAAGGUUCCAGAGGUGCAAGCUGUGGCUCUAUAUGCUCUGCUUCUUCCUGGUGGUCACCGUGCACACGGGGAGUCGCGACCUGUUUGUUUUGUACGAGCUGAGCCCGCCGCUGUGCUGGGGGCCGACCCUCAUCGGCUACGGCUCUGCUGCUCUACACCUGGCCUACCUGAGCAGCCUGCUGGGGUUGAAGGUCAUGCAGUAUUGCCUGGAGGACUCAUGGGUGGCUGUUAUUGGGCUGGCCUCCAACAUCGCCGGGCUGGUGGUUGUCGUUGUAGCCAACACCACCCAACUCAUGUUUGCAGGUUAUGGUCUGCUGCUGUUCUUUGUGGCUUCUACACCUGUGCUCCGGUCCAAGCUGUCCAAGCUGGUGAGCCAGUCCGAACAAGGUGCGCUCUUUUCCUCCGUGGCCUGUGUGGAGAGCUUGUGUUUCCUGGUGGGUAGUGGUCUUUUCAACGCUCUCUACCCGGCCACACUGCACUUCAUGAAGGGCUUUGCUUUCCUGUUUGCCGCCAUCAUCCUCCUCAUCCCUGCUGGAAUAAUUGGGAGGCUGCAAUGUUUGGAGCGGAGAGAAUUAAGCGAGUCUACAGCAUCCUGACAAUGGCAAAGAUGUUUAUCUUGUGUUUAUAUUCAGAGCAUACCGGACAGACUAGUCAUCAUCCACAGUUUUACUUGAAAGUGGGAAGAAUCGACCAUUUAGUGACUGAUUUCACUAAAAACGAUCAUACUUGACCAUCAAAAGCACAAUGAAGGGAAAACUUUUAACUCCACAUUUGUAAGAUGUUUUUAUGCUUUUAUUCCUUUGAUCUCUAAAAAUGUGUAAGGUGCCUGAAAGUGUUACUCAGUUAAUGAAUUUUUAUUUUUUCAAUUAAUACAAAUGUCAAUGCAAUAUUUAAGUAAUCAUAUCAUAGACAAGACUACUGUUAUUAGUUUAAAUGAUAGUCAUUAGUUAUCAGGCUAUAAAAUGUGAAUUCCUACUAUAUAACAGUACCAUUUAAUUUAAUUGCAAUAUAUUUACUUAGCUACAUCCUUAUCUUACUGUAAUAAAUACAUAAAUAUGUGAAUAAUUGACAGCAGAACAAAGGGAAACGGUAGCAGCAGUUAGGGAUUACCGAGUUACAGUUCCACCCCCUGCUGACCUCCUCAAAGCAGAUGGUCCAACACUGGAUAGUCCCCAAGCACACGGACAGACACAACAUGACUCAGGGGUCACAUCCUAGAAGUACUGUGAGCUGCCUAAUCGGCGUUAAAAUGCACUCGGGGAAGUGUAGGGGUUAAGCUUGUUUGGAUUAAUCUGCAUUUUUUCCUCUAUGAUCUGUCAGUACUGUUUUUGUAUGUGUUUUAUUCAUUUAAUUUUUAAUGUUUGACUGAGAAGUGAAGUGAUGAAGGUUAUGAUGCCAUUAAAACAAAGUUCUCAACUGAAAAGAAUUGCACUUUGAUAGUAUUUCCUACCUGUAUUUGUACUGGUAAAAGUUUUUCUUCAAUAAAUAAUAAACGUAUACGU